AUGACCGCUACAAAAGCCCCCGACCGGAUAUUUCCAAUCUCAACAUUCAUUUCAGACCUACCAAUCAAUCUCAUUCCACAGUCCCUCCGGUCAUCUUCCGAACAUGACCCUGGUAAGAGACGCUUGGUCAUUGUAGGCGACGUACAUGGGAUGAGCAAGUCCCUGCAGGCACUCCUAGACAAAGUCGCGUUUGACCAAAGCAACGGAGAUCACCUUAUACUAGUCGGCGACUUGUUCAAUAAAGGACCCGAUAGCCCUGGCGUUGUGGACCUGGCGAUCAAGCUCGGUGCCAGCGCAGUGCGAGGCAACCACGACAAUGCAGUUCUUGACGCGGCAGCGGAGAUCAAAGCUUCAGGCGGGAGUCUACUACCAUCUGAAGCCGACGUGCCUGGGGAUAUCGCCCGCGGUCGUCAGAUCCCCGGCAAAUGCGCAUCUGCGACAGCUGGCAGUGGUAUGAGACAUAGCGCGACAACGUACAGUACGGCAAGGGCGCUUUCAACGGAUCGGCUCGACUGGCUUGCCGCGUUGCCGUUGAUCGUGCGCGUCAAGCUAAAGCUACCACCUUCCCCAACAUCCCCCUUCGGCGACACGUUGGUUGUCGUCCACGCGGGCCUCGUUCCUGGUAUCCCAUUGGAAGAGCAGGACCCACACGCUAUUAUGCAUCUGCGUAGCCUCGUCCGCGCGCCGGAUGAUGCGGCUGGAUUCAUCCCGGCUGAAACUUCCGGGGAAGAAAGCUGGGUUCAGGAAUGGGACCGGUGGCAAGAGAAGCAAGCAUCCAAGACUACGGUGAUAUUUGGGCAUGAUGCAAAGCGUCGUUUGCAGCUGGGGAGGUAUGCGAUCGGGCUGGACUCGGCGUGUUUAUACGGCCACCAGUUGAGCGCAAUUGUGAUUAUGGCGACCGACAGGGGAAUCGAGCAUCAGAUUGUUCAGAUCGAAUGUGCUGAUGAGCCUGUGGUUCCUAAAGAGCCGGUGAAGGAAGACGACCAGACAAUGGUUGUGUAA